AUGUCCGCACGCCAUUCUCCGAAAGUCGAAGCAUACGCCGACUCUUCGCCAAUCUCGCCACUUACGCCCUUAUCUCCAAGCGCAUUACCGCAAUGGAUACGACAAUCGCGUCCACGGAGUGCCAUCUUCUCGAGUGGUCGUGUCAGAAUCCUUUUGAUAGCAUUGGGCUGUAUGUUCAUGGGCUGGACACUGACAUCAGUUCUUGGCUCCAACGAGCAAGACCUUGCAGAAUUUGAUAGUGUCUACGAUAAGGCAUCAGGUGGUGUUCUCGACGAUCCUACAGGUUUCGGCGUCCAAUCCUCGCAUGCCAAACAGCAACCUGGCAUACUGGGACCCAACGAUCCUGAUGAUGAGUCUGAGAGUGGUAUGGGACCAAGACCACAGAAAGAGCCGACGGUAUCAGGAGCCUUAGCUGAACUUCAUCACGCCGUCAAGGGCAAGAUUCAAUCCUGGAACCCGUACCAUGCCGCGUCCUCCCAUGCUCCAACGGACGAUGAUGAUUACUACAACAGCACUAGCACUGGUGCCAAACACAAGUCCCACAACACAACAAGCCUCGAAGCUCUCGGCGGCGAGACCAUCCACGACGGCAUGAGCGAUGAAGAAGGUCUCGGCGCCAGAACCCGUAUCGGCAAAUGCACCAUCCUCUUCAAUAGCAACCCCAACAGCUACUGGGAACGCGCCGUCCGCUCCCACGAAAACCACGACAAGCAACACGGCUACCGCCUGCACGUCCUUCGCCAACAGAUCAUGGAUGACGUCUGGUCCAAACCCGCCUACAUCCUCAGCCUCCUGCUGCGCGAACUCGCCAAACCUGAAGGCGAGCGCCUCGAAUGGCUCUUCUGGUUCGACGCCGAUACUAUCAUCCUCAAUCCUUACAUCCCUAUUGAGAUUUUCCUGCCCAAGCCAGGCGGUGAGUUUGAUGAUGUGCAUCUCAUCUACUCGGAAGACUGGAACGGUCUCAACAACGGUGUCUUCCCCGUCCGUGUCCAUCAAUGGUCCGUCCAACUCUUCUCCGCCAUCACCUCCUUCCGCCACUUCCGCCCCGACGUCCAACUCGUCAUGCGCGAUCAAGCCGCGAUGGAGAUGCUCAUGAAGGAACCCUACUUCAAGAACAACAUCGUCCAAGCCCCGCAGCGCUGGUUCAACGCAUAUCAAGGCGAACACAACGAAACUCUAGCCCCCUUCCAAAUUCGACGGGGUGAUUUCCUCGUUCAUUUCGCGGGAGUCUGGGAUCGAGAGGCGAGGAUGAAUUAUUGGUUUGACAGAUCUGAGCAGCAUUUAGAUGAUUGGGAGGUUCCGCUGAAGGCUACGUCGUAUCCGCAGGAGGUGAAGGAUUUCUGGGCUGAGCAGAGCGCGAAGAGGAAGGAGAGGAAGGAAGGUGUGGCGACGGUGCGACUCAAGGCGAAGGAGUUGUUGGCGAAGGUUGAACAAGAUUUGCGUGAUUUUGGCGAUCGUCUCCCCUCUUCUGAGAAGGAAGCGAUAGAAACUGCGAGGGACGAGCUCAACAAAGCAAUGGAAGACAGUGACGCCAAAGACCCCUACAACACCACCAAACUCGAAGACGCCACGACGCAUCUAACCGACGUCUCCUCACCCCUCCGCGACGCUAUCGAGAAAGCCCUCAAGUCCCUGCUCUCCUCCGCGCACGAGGCCAUCUUCGCCGGGGAGAAAGAUCUCCUCGAGGGCGGAGCCGACAAGGGCAUUGAGAACCCUGAACUAACCUUACUCUCGGAGACGGUGAAAAGACUGAAGGCACUGGUCAUGAUGCCGCAAGAGGAAUGGAAUCGACAUACUGUUACGGAGGCUACGGAGGAGGUGACGAGGGCGAGAGCCGCGUUGAAGGAGAAGAGUGAGGAGAUUAUUAGGAAGGCUAAGGAGAAGGAGGAGAAGGAGAAGAGUGAGGAGAUGAUUAAGGCGAAGGAGAAGGCGGAGAGGGAGAAGGAGAGGGAGAGGGCGAGGGUGAGUUCGAUUAAGGAUGUGGCGGUUGGGGAGGUUGCUGCUACUGCUGUGCCAGACGCGGUUUCUCCUGCUGGGGAUAAUGUCUUUACGCCAUGA